AUGAACGGCAGCGGCUCGAGCUCGGGGCAGCGGAGAUCGGUGGAGCAAGGGCACGGCGCGGCGUCUGGCGGGGCUGGCGGGGAUCACAGUGGCACGGGGGCCGACAGUGUUCGGGUGUUCGCGUUGGGCGCGCAAGCAGAGGCUGGCGGGCGCGACGGGGCCGAGCAGGAUGCUAAGGCGGUGGCGAGCAACGGGCCGGACUCAGCGACGGGUGGGUCGCAGGUUGCAGAGGCGCGGCGGCGUCGGACUCCGAGCGGUGAUGCGGCUGCAGGCGAAGCAGGGGGUCGGUGCAGGUUGCUGCAGCGGGCGGUCAAGGCGGAGCGGCGAAGGCGUCGAGUGGGCUGGCGGAGGUGUCGGGUCGCCGCAGCUGUAGCAAGGACAACAAGCGGCGGUGCUGGUGCGGUGGCCAGCGGGAGGAGCGAGGGGCGGUGCCGCGCGGCGUCCGGCGUGGGGGGUGACCGGCGAAUCGCUGGUGAAGCGACAGUGGACAGCGAAGAGAGUGCUGCACGAAGGAGAAGAACAAGAAAGAAAAGAGAAAAAGCUUUCUUUUUGACCAAGACAGACGGGUGCGUUUGGUUCAACUUUUGGGAAAAGCCUUUGAGAUAA